AGACACACACGAAAAAUCCACAGGACAGAUUUUGCAGUUUUCUCCUUCGAGAAACUCAAUCACCACGGUUCGAGAGUAGAAGUACAUAGGACGAGCCCUCACAGACAGCACACUAAAAAGGACAAAGCAGAACCACAGGAAAUAUCGUUAGCACGAGCGCAAUAAAACAGCACUUCAGGUUCAGUACAAGAUCAUUCAAAUUUUUCUCGCCACCCUUUCGCAAAAAAUGAAGAAAGUCCUCUUUGCGUCCGCCGCUGUGUCCGCCACGGCAAUCCA